AUGUCACCCUCACACUCGACACCAGAACUCCCUAGCUUCCUCCAACCACAUCACCUGACGCAUGUCUACUAUCCUUGCAUCAAGCUCUUGAACGUAAAGAAGGAGUUCCCGUUCUUCAAGGUGCCGUAUGCAGUGGCCCAAAGGUAUGAGCCUCUGCCCCUGAUCCAAGACCCGGCUGUUGAAGCCCACACUAACCUAUACGAGGCUUACGAGACGAGCUUCUACAGCGUAGUCCGAGCGAAGAAGUCGGGGAAGAAAGGCUUGCCUGGCCAUAGGCUGAAUGUCUCGUUUGGACAAUUGUUGAUGGAUAUGGCGCAGGUGACCAAUGGUGUAGGCGAGACGGGACUAGAAGUGUUGACCUACCGCGAUAAAACUGAUCGACACGACACGUCUCUUGAGCCAACGGAAGGGACUAUCCUUAGGGUUAGGAUUGUACGUCAAACCACCCACAUCACGAAACGAGACAAUACUAUCGACAGCUUCUCGUACUAUGAAGGCAAUCUGGACGAGCUUCUCGGUCUCAACUCUCCCCACCAGUGGCUCGUGGACAUCCAGGACUUGGUGACCUGGCGCUCUGAUCGGGCUUACAAGCACAUCCUCUUCCGUCUUCGUCGUGAUAAAGCUCUACAUGGCUUCGGCAUAGGACGACUCAUUGAGGACAACAAGAAACAGUUCAAGAGUCCUCGGUCAAUUAUCUACGAUCAACACCUUCCACUCGUCACGACACCAGCUAAUUUCGUGGACAUCGACUCAGAUGACACGACCUGCGUGAUCUGUACCGAUCUCUUCGACGACCAGCCCGAUGAGGAACACGCCCCUAUCACUCUUCCAUGCGAGCAAAGUGGCAAGUCUCACGUCCUUGGCAAGUCAUGCUUGACCAAAUGGUGCCGAAGCCAGGGUCCGACCAAAGCGCAGUGUCCACACUGUCGACACUCGAUCUUCUCAGAUUCUGCCAUGCUCCAGAGCUUGAAGUUCGGCACGUCGCUGACGGACCCGAAGGAGUAUGUCUACGACGCUCGCUACACGGCAUACGAGAACUUCGAGCGCUCGUGCGCGGAUUUGGACAAAUCGCUGGCGGCUUACGACAAGACUAUCGUCAAAUUCGACGAUGGAGCAUGGCCCAGGAAGCUGACGGAAGUCUUCGACUACUUCAUGCUUCCUCCUCCUGAAUGUACAGCCUCGACACCAUAUCAUUUGCAGCCGCAGCGUCGGCCCGAGCUCAGGAUCUUCCGUCAAGCGAUCGUGCAAUUCCUGGAACAUCAUGCCGAUCUAAGCCGUCCGGCCCAGGGGAUAGAGGAGAACAUCCUCCGCUAUUGUGUCUCGGCCUAUCAGGCUGAGAUUGUUACACUGGGAAAGAGGACGAAGAAGAUGGGUAUGCUGGCCGUCUAUCGAUCGAGGGAGGAUCUCGAUGGCCUUCUCGCCAAGAACGGACAUGCUAACGAAGGGGAUCCUGAUCCCUUCUGGGUGCCGAUGGGAUUGUGGGAGUUCGUCUUAAAGGCUGUGAAUCGGAGUUUGAAGUUCUUGGUCGAGAGGAGCUGUGGGAGUGAGUGUUGGCGAGAGAAGGAUGGCCUGCAUUAUCAUGGCGGGAGGCUUUACUGCAGGCAGUCUAGGGUCGCGGAUAUUGCGGAAGGGCUCGAAUGGGACAUCGCAAUACUAAGCCUUUGA